GUAUUUUCAAGAGACAACAGCAGUUUUGAAGAUAUAGAAGAAGAGGUUCAAGGAGAUAGAACAGAUGAGCAUUCACAAAGUGUGAGGGCCAGGCGUUCAGAUUCAAGAAAUUCUAGAGAUAUAGAGGGGCUUGAUUUGGAUGAAACAGAGAGUGAAGAAGGGGAGGUCUCUGCUCUUUGGGCAUUAAUUUGGCCUUUCAUUAGUAUUUUGUUGGAAGUACUAGUCCUUUAGCAAUAUGUUACCUUAUGAAAAUCAAAUUUUCCUUGAUGUUUUACAUGAAGAUGGCCUUGUAGUAGCAGCGAGGGGUUUAAGUUUACAUUCAGUCAUAUUGAGCCUGUUAAAGGUUUGGUGUGAUUCUGGAAAUCUGGUACUAGUUCUGGGUACACAUGCUCAGGAAGAAGAAUAUUUCAUAACUGAACUUGAGGCACAAGGUAUCAAACCCCUCCCCAAAAUUAUCAACAAUGAGUCUAAUGCAAAUGACAGGGAAAAUAUCUACCUGCAAGGUGGAGUCUUAUUUGUUUCUGCAAGGAUCUUAGUUGUUGACCUUCUUAAGAAUCGUGUUCCUGUGGAUAAUGUCACAGGUAUGAUGGUAUGUCGUGCUCAUGCUAUACUGGAAUCAUGCCAAGAAGCAUUUGCUGUUCGCUUGUACAGACAGAAAAACAAGAAGGGGUUUGUCAAAGCAUUUUCAAGCUCAGCCCAGUCAUUUACCGUCGGCUUUGCUCAAGUGGAGCGGAUUAUGAAAACUUUAUUUGUAAAGAAUUUGUAUCUAUGGCCUCGUUUCCAUGCUGUUGUCUCUACCAGUUUAAGAAAAGUGUCAGUUGUGGAACUACAUGUUAACAUGACAACUCCCAUGCAACGCCUUCAAAAUUGUGUUUUAGAUCUCAUGAGUUUUUGUGUGAAAGAGAUAAAAAGAGUCAAUCCAUCUCUGGAUACAGAUGACUUAACUGUGGAAAAUGCCAUUUCUAAAUCUUUUCAUAAACUUCUUCAAUAUCAAUUGGAUCCAAUUUGGAACCAACUGAGUUCCAAAACUCGCCAACUUGUUGCUGAUAUAAAAACAUUACGAUCUGUUUUGAGGUGCUUAACACAGUAUGACUGUGUAACUUUCAACUCUCUUGUGACCUCACUUCGAAGCACAGAAUAUGCAAGAAGAAAUUCCGGCUGGUUGCUCUUAGAUCCAGCAGAAGACCUUUUUCUGUUAGCAUCCCAGCGUGUUUGUGGAAGCAAUUCAGCUUCCAAAGACUCAGAAAUAAAUCCUGAACAUGCACCUAAAUGGGUAGCCUUGUCUGAAAUUCUUGGUGAGGUCCAAGAAAAGCUCAAAGGGGUACCAUCUAAUGAUGCAGCACAAGGCAUUAACCAUGUACUUGUUCUAGUGGAAGACAUCAGGACCGGAAAUCAACUUAAGGAGUAUCUUACAAAAGGAUCAAAAGCAAUGCUUCAAAGUCUAUUCAGACGAGCUACUCACCAUCGUACACCAGCAGUCAUUGCUCAAUUUGGUCUGGCUAAGGAUUCUUCAGUACUGAAAAGGAAAAGUUUGGAUCCUGAUGAUCCUGAUAAUUGGCUUGGUGAGGAUGAAGUAGAAGCAUUCAAUCAUGAUUCUUUUGGGUUUCCUCAAGAUGACACUGAAGAAGAUAUUAAAGACAGUUACUGUUUAACUAUGACACAGCAAGAGCCUUCCAAGAGCUCCAAUGACCCUGCAAAUAUGUCCUGUUUUGAGGAACAAGAGAAUCUUGAAAGCUUAUCACAAAGUCAGUCUGACCAGCUGUUGCCCAUAAUCACAAUACAAUCUUUCAAAAAAGAUGGGGAUCCUUUAGCUUUGACUAAAACUUUACAGCAAAUUCAACCUCAUACUGUUGUUAUGUAUGAUGCUGAUUUAUCUGCAGUCAGGCAACUUGAAGUAUUCCAAAGCUCGUCACCGAGUGUUGAUUUAACAACAUACUUUGUAAUGUAUGGUGGCUCUGUAGAAGAGCAAGCUUACCUCACUACAUUAAGACAAGAGAAAGAAGCUUUUGAGUACCUGAUCAAAGAAAAAGCGUCUAUGGUAAUACCAGCUGAUCAAGAUGGCAAAUCAGGAGACUGUGCUGAACUUCGACGUGAUGUCGGACAGUCAGCCUCUGUUGCUGCAGGAUUGCCAAACAUAAACACACGUAAAGGAGGUAUUCCAAAAGCUCCAGCAAGUGCACCAACUAUUAUUGUUGACAUGCGAGAAUUCAGAAGUGAAUUACCAGCUUUAAUUCAUCGCCGUGGUAUUGAAAUUGAGCCUGUCACCAUCAAUGUUGGAGAUUACAUUCUUACACCUGAAAUUUGUGUUGAACGUAAGAGUGUCAGUGAUUUAAUUGGAUCAUUGAACAAUGGACGACUGUAUACACAAGCCACAGCUAUGUCAAGACACUAUUCAAAGCCUAUGUUGUUGAUUGAAUUUGAUCACAAAAAACCAUUUGCACUGCAGGGCAGAUAUUAUCUAAGCAAUGACAUUUCAGCAAGUGACAUAUCAUCCAAAUUGAUACUACUUACCAUGCAUUUUCCACGAUUACGGCUUGUUUGGUCUCCAAGCCCAUAUGCAACUGCGCAACUUUUUGAGGAGCUGAAGGAAGGACGAGAGCAGCCAAAUGCAUCGCAAGCUGCUAUGAUUGGAGCUGAGGUGGCAAGCGGUGAUGAUGAAUUUGCAGAAAAAUUCAACAUUGCAAUCCAAGACUUUAUUUCUAAGCUUCCAGGUGUAAAUACAAAGAAUGUGAGUUCUGUCCUCCGGAAGGGUCAAUCACUCUCUCACCUCAUUUCUCUCUCCAAGGAACAAUUGUCUGAACUAACUUUAAAUAGUCAAGAUGCUGACCUUCUGUAUUCAGCUUUACACAAUGUACACAAGCCUGUUGAAGAUGGAAGUGGUAAGCCUAUGCGUGGUGGCAAAGGAGGCCGCUGGAGAGGACGAAGUUUUCUGAAGCGUAAAAAACAGUGAUGUAACAAGUUAAAGAAAUUAAUGUACUACUGUAAAAUAGUUAUUUUUUCACUGUUCAUAUACUUUAUGUAGGUAGAGAAUUUAUGUACAGUAAUCAUUUCUUCCAUAUAUCAGAACAGUCUGAAAAAUAAUGUUUAAGUUUAUUAAAUGCAAUUGCCUGUAUUCAUCUGCAGUUUCCAAAUAGUCCUGUGUGAAUUAGGCAUUCAUAGAGCUGAUAUCACAGAUAGCAGAUCAUCCAAAUUAUCUUGAGGACAAUAAAUAAAAUUGAAAUAUUA